CCUCUGAUCAGAGACUUUGCUUCUUCAACUCCUUAGAGGUUGCAUUCAUUUCACUCUUUUCCAUGGCCUGCUUCAAGUUCCUGAAGUUCAGCAUUAGAUGCAAAUCCAAUCGUGUAGUAGACGAUGAAGAACAUGGUGGUUUAUCCACCACUACUAUCAGAGAUGGAUUGAAGAUGGCGAUUUCCUCAGUGAAUAGAUUUACUUGGAAAGAUAUGGAAAAUGUUAGUAUGAAUUUCUCAAGAGUUAUCGGCGUUGGAGGGUUCAGUGUCGUCUACCUUGCUAAUUUCCCAGAUUCGAGCCUCGGUGUUCUCAAGAUGCAUUGCGACAGUCAGCGUCACCGCGAAGUGUUUAAGAGGGAACUAGAAGUAUUGCUUCAUGUCUGCCAUGAAAACAUCGUAAAGUUUCUUGGCUACUGCGAUGAGAAAGAAGAAGGAAUCUUAGUGUUCGAAUAUGUUAGCAAUGGAACCUUACACGAGAAACUUCGCCAUCAAAGUCAAAAAGGAUCAAUUCUUUCCUGGAAGAGCCGCAUGUCCAUAGCUCACCAACUGGCCCAAGCCAUCAACUACCUCCAUACCAAUUGUGCCGUCCAAAUCAUUAAUGGCGACAUCAAAUCAUCAAACGUUCUCCUUGAUGAGAAUCUCAACUGCAAGCUCUGUGAUUUUGGAUCCGCGAAGAUGGGUUUUGCAUCAACAAUUGGUCCUUCUUCAAAGAUUUCAUUGAUGGGUUCUGUAGGUUAUAUGGAUCCCCAUUACUUGAAGACUGGUAUUAUGACAAAGAAGAAUGAUGUUUACAGCUAUGGGGUUAUCAUCUUAGAGCUACUCACAGGAUUAGAAGCUUUCUGUUCGGAAAAGGAACAGUUAUUGAUUUCAAUCGCAGGUCCAGUACUUCAGGAUCCAAAUAAGGUUCUGGAAAUGAUGGAUUCUCAUCUGGGAAGCCAUUUUGAUGCAGAGGAAGCUAUAGCUAUGGCUAACAUAGCAGCAAUUUGCCUUGGUAAGAAUCCGACCCAAAGGCCUUCCAUGACUGAGAACUUAUAUAUUAUGAAAGAGAAGAUCCAAUCCAUCUCCUUUGUCUCUGCAGUGGAAGGAUUCAAGGAAACCACUAUGAAUCAAAGGAAAUUGAGGUAUAUUUCCGGCCAUGAGCGAUAG